CUGUAAGCAGAAAUGUUCUUGCUCGCCAAUGGGUGGUCUUGUCUGUGAGGAGAUCUCAUGUCCCAAAGAUACCAAGUGUGAAAUCAAAAAUGGAAUCCGGGCCUGCUACAACGUAGAUCCAUGCAAAGUAGCAAAUUGCCGUGCAAAGGAGACCUGCAAAGUGGAGAAAGGAGAGGCGGUGUGUGUGCCUCAGUACAUUGGCACCUGCUGGGCCUGGGGGGACCCCCAUUACCGCACCUUCGAUGGAUACAACUACGAUUUCCAGGGCACCUGCACCUAUACCAUCUCCAAGACAUCUGGGAACGAUACCGGGCUGGUCCCCUUCUCUAUCGAGGAGAAGAACGACAACCGUGGCAACACAGCAGUCUCCUUCGUCAAGCUGGUGAUCAUCUCUGUGUACGGCUACACCGUGACAAUAGAGAAGUUUCAGUAUGGAAAGGUCCAGGUAAAUGGUGAGGUGUUGAAUUUGCCAGUGACCCUUGAUGAUGGUAAGAUCAGACUUUUCCAGAGCGGCCUGAGUGCUGUGCUGGAAACGGAUUUCGGUAUGCGGGUUACCUAUGACUGGAACUGGUACCUGCUCAUCCAACUGCCCAGCAGCUACUAUGACAGUGUAGGUGGCCUCUGUGGCAACUUCAAUGGCAACAUCAAGGAUGAAAUGAGAGAGCCUGAUGGCAAACAAGUCUCCAGCGUCAUCGACUGGGCCAAGAGCUGGCGGGUGAAGGACAGGGACCUCUUCUGUUGGGACUACUGCAAGGGCAACUGCCCUACAUGCGAGGACAGCGCACGCAAGCUGUACGAGAGUGACGCCUACUGUGGGGUCCUUACCAAGGCGGUGGACGGAGUUUUCCGCGAGUGCCACGUCAAAGUCGAUCCAAGGGACUUCUUCGACAGCUGUGUCUAUGAUGUGUGUCUGAACAAAGGCGCCAAGGCACUACUGUGUCAGGCGACGGCUGCCUACGCAGGCACCUGCUUGAAAGAGGGAAUCAUCGUGAAGGACUGGAGGAAAAUAACUGGCUGUACUAUGAAAUGCCAGGCAAAUAGCCACUAUGAAGCAUGUGCCAGCCCCUGCCCACAGACCUGCCCUUUCCCAGAAAACAGCCCGGUCUGCAAAGGCACCUGUGUGGAGUCCUGCCAGUGCGACCAGGGCUAUGUACUGAGCGGUGAUAAAUGCGUGCCGGCUGCCAGCUGUGGCUGCUCUUACCAGGGCCGCUACUACAAGCCAGGGCAGAAGUUCUGGGCCGAUGAAAGCUGCCAUGUGAUUUGCCAGUGCGACACCUCCCUAAAGAUGGUGGUUUGCAAGGAGUCCAGCUGCAAAUCCAGCGAGCAGUGCAAGGUGGUGGAUGGAGUGAGAGGAUGCCAUCCACUCAGCUACUCCACAUGCACAGCAUCCGGAGACCCACACUACCGCACCUUCGAUGGCAAGCUAUAUAACUUCAUGGGUACAUGCAUCUAUGAGUUUGUGAAACUCUGUUCCAAGGAUACAGGCCUCACCCCCUUCAGCGUCAAGGUGCAGAAUGACAACCGCGGAAGCAAAGCCGUCUCCUUCACCAAAGUAGUGACCAUAGAUAUAUUCGGUAUGACGGUUACCAUCAGCAAGGACUACCCCUACAAAAUACUAGUUAACAAUCAGUUUGUGUCCUUGCCAUUCUAUUAUGAAGAAAAGAUGGCAAUUUUCCGCAGCGGCUGGACAGCGGUGCUGGAGACUGACUUUGGACUGCAGGUGACUUUCGACUGGAACAGCGUGAUUACCGUCACCUUGCCCAGCACCUACCAAGGUGCUGUCUGUGGCCUCUGUGGCAACUUCAACAAGAAUCCCUCUGAUGACAUGAAGACUCCCGGAGGAAAUUUGGAAUCCAACGAUGUGAAGUUUGGCGACAGCUGGAGAGUAGGUUUGGUGCCAGGCUGCUCAUCAGAAUGCUCCGGUCCCUUGUGCAAAACCUGCUCCGAUUCCCAGAAGAAAGUGUACCAGGCAGAGCGCUACUGUGGCUUGAUCACAAGCAAGUCCGGCCCAUUCCGCGACUGCCUUGCUAAAAUAGACCCCAGUGGUUUUAUUGAAAACUGCAUGUAUGAUGCCUGCCAAUACCAGGGCCACCACACAGUUGUCUGUGAUGCUGUGGCUGUCUAUGCCUCUGCCUGUCAGAAUGAAGGCAUCACCAUCUACCCAUGGAGGAGCCAGACCUUCUGCCCUGCCACCUGUCCCAGAAACAGUCACUACGAGGUUUGCGCCACAGGCUGCCCUGCCACCUGCCAUAGCCUGUCCUCCCCCAAAAAUUGCCACCUGCCCUGCAAGGAGGGCUGCCAGUGCGACAACGGCUUCCUCUUGAGCGGGGAUGAGUGCUUGCCCAUUGCAGAGUGUGGCUGCGUGUAUGGUGACCAGUACUAUAAAAAGUGCGACGUAUUCUAUCCCAAGGGCAAGUGUGAGGAGCAGUGCAAGUGCAGCGAGGACGGCGCUGUCACCUGCAAGAAGUUCUCCUGUGGGGUCAACGAGGAGUGCAAGGUGGCGAAUGGCGUGCAAGCGUGCCACCCCGUAGGGGAAGGCAAGUGCGUGGCCUCAGGAGACCCCCACUACAUUUCCUUUGAUGGCCUCAGGUUCAACUUCAUGGGCACCUGCACAUACACUCUGGCCAAGCUGUGCGACCAAGAGGGCAAGCUCCGGCCUUUCUCCGUGGACGUUGAGAACGUGGCGUUCGGGAACGGAAAGGUGGCCGUCACGAAGAUGGUGAAGGUGGUGGUGUACGAUUAUGUUAUCACCAUAAACCAAGGGAUGCGAUGGAAAGUCAUUGUGGAUGAUGAGGUGUUCCACCUGCCUCUGUCCCUCGAUAAAGGAAGGGUCACGAUCAACCAGGAGGGCUGGAACGUCGUUGUCCAGACAAACUUCGGUCUGAGGGUGCUGUACGACGCUGUGUACUAUGUAGAAGUAAUCGUCCCCGGAAACUACCGCAGCAAGAUGUGCGGCCUCUGCGGCAACUUCAAUGGAAACCAGAAGGACGAAUUCCUUCUGCCCAAUGGCAGAGUGGCCGAGAACGCUGACGUCUUUGGGGCAGGAUGGCGAGUAGACAUCCCAGGGGUCGUGUGCAAUGGCGGCUGUGGCAAAGACUGCCCGCUCUGUGACCAGGGCAAGCAAGUAGUCUACGGGAAUGACAACUACUGUGGGAUGAUCAAGUCCAUCACAGGUCCCUUCCAAGCCUGCCACGCAAAGGUCAAGCCGGAGCCCUACUUCGAGGACUGUGUCUUUGACGUGUGUGCCAUGGACGGGGAUAAGGACAUGCUGUGCAAGAGCCUCCAGGCCUAUGUUAUCGCAUGCCAGGCCGUCGGGGUGCAGAUCAAAACCUGGAGAACAAAGCAAUUCUGUCCUGUUUCCUGCCCAGCUAACAGCCACUACGAGCUGUGUGCCGACACCUGCAGCACCUCCUGCUCCGCGCUCGUCACUGCCUCAACCUGCACCAAGAGCUGCUUUGAGGGCUGCCAGUGUGACAGUGGAUUUGUUUACGAUGGAGACAAGUGUGUGUCCAUGAACACCUGUGGCUGCAUCUAUGAUGGCAAAUACAUGAAGGCUGGCGAGAAGAUUGUGGCAAAGGGCUGUACUGAGCAAUACACGUGCAAGGCCACAGGGGCCGUGGAUUCUGAGCCGCUGACGUGCCCCGCCGGGGAGUACUGUGGGGUCAAGGACGGAGUUCGGGGCUGCCAGAAAAAAGUGGGAAUUUGCACAGUGAAGCCUGGCACUCAUCUCCAUUCCUUCGAUGGGAACGAGGGCAAGAUAAGCAGUGGAGGAGCCUUUGAGAUUGCCUCGCUCUGCAACCAAGGCUCGGAGGAGUGGUUCCGCGUUGUGGUGGACGUGCGGACCUGCACCCAGAACAGCAUCGCCGGCGCAGUCACUGUCUAUGUGUUCUUUGGGAACACCUACAUUGCUGUGAACAAUGAACAACAAACUUGGGUGAACGGGAAGAAGGUAACCCUGCCCAUUAAGCUGCAGAACGAGAUAUCGGUCCACAUUUCUAACAAGCUGAUAAUCAUUGAGAGGAAAUCCAGUGUGCAAGUGACCUACAGCAUCACGCAGGAGGUGACUGUUACCGUGAGCGCCGAUCUCGCCAACCAGGUGUGUGGUGCUUGCGGAAACUUCAACGGCAAUGAACACGAUGACAUGACGUUAUCCACCGGCAAAAUCUCGAUCAGCUUCCAAGAGGUCAUCAACUCCUGGAAGGCCAUGGAUCACUCAAGCUGCGGUCUGUAAUCUCCUGACAACUUGUCCCAAAAUAGCCAACAAACGCACAUGCAAUGAUUGCAGUUUUCAAAAUGGGCUGGGUUUAAUCAGACUUUAUUCAGAUUUUUUUCUUUUUUUUUUU